AUGCCAUACAUGAAAUUCUCAGCCUCAAAGGUGGCCGACCUGUCAUGGGACUCGUUCGCAGCCCCUACACCGGGGGCUGAAGAAUGGCAACCCGACCCUGACUCCGUGCCUAUCGCUGGCGGGUUGCCAAAUCCUCGUUUCAACAAGAGCCCACUCACCCAGCAGCAAAAGCAGGCUCUGAAGCGAGACAAGCUUCUCAGCCUCUAUCUUGACCGCCCCAGUAAAAACCCACACCAUCCGCUUUUCUCGCCACCGGAUCCCGUCAAGCCAGUCGACAUGGCAUCAGUAGCUCCAGUGAGAAGUUCAGCACCAACAGUCAGGGCAGCUACUACUUCCAAGCCUACGAACGGCAACAAAGGCACGAUGGAGACGCUUCCGGCUCAGCCGCUCUUUCAACGACCCCAUACGCCACCCACGAGUGUUGCUUCGCAGGUGUCUGAGUUGCCUGUAAGAACAUCUACACCAGUCUGGUUUCGAACUAUCGAGCACCUUCUUGGCGAUGACUCGCCUCCGAGGUCUACCCCUCUCGUUCAGCCUGUUGUUGCGAAAGCAGCAGCAUUGCCCGCGCCUGUGUCAAGGCCACCCCACCUCUGCAAGCAGCCGCAGGCAUUCAGAUCGUCGGCUCCUGUCGCUACUCCAGCAUUUAGCAAGAACAGUGUUGCACAAACCGAUGCGCCACAGGUCAAGACGCAGCCUAUAAAUCUUGCGGAGGCCCCACCACCAGAAGCCACACGCCACACAGCGCAGGAGUUGAAGGUCUUGAAGAGCCUACUUGAGAGCUUCAUCCCCAAAAACACAGCUUCGCCUUCCCAAGAACAUGAGCGUUGCUCAUAA